AAAGUGCUUUUUGAAAAGCAAUAUUUUAGUAGUAGAGGCAGUUUUGGGGUUGGGGUGCGCAGGAAGGAGGAAAAGAAAAGAAAAGAAAAGAAAAGAAAAUAAAGAGAGAAGAAGAAGAAGAAGAGAAAAUAAAAUAAAUGAAAUGAAAAUAAAGCGGCAAAUAUGGUAAACAAGAGAACUAGUGUUGUUGUUUCUGGUAGUGAAGAAAGAAGAGGAAGAGGAAGAAGAAGUGAGAGAGAGGCAAGUGCGUGUCUCGAGAUGCGAGCAGACUCCGGCAGAAAGGGAACCUUCUCCGUACUUCUCCUUUUCCUCCUUUUGAUUCUCAUUCUUCCCAGCAUUUAAUUCCAAUAUCUCAUCUUUCUCCUCUCCCGCUUCCUGUUUGUCUCCUCUACCAUACUUGUUCUUCUUCUUUUGCUUUGUUCUUCAGUCGUCAUAUCAUAUCAUAUAAUAUAAUAUUAUUCGCUUUCUCUUGUUCUAUGCUGCCGGUUGCUUCCUCCUCUCUUGGAUUUCUCAUGGAAUUAGGGUUUUUUAUUCUGCUUGGGCUUGUACUUGGAGUUGCUCCGAUUCAAUCGCCCUGAUAUGCUCCAAUCGAUCACCGGAUGCAUUCUUGAAGACUCUGGGAUUGGUUAGGGUUUCUUUGUUGUCAAGAGGGAUUUUGCUUUUUAUUUAAGUUUCUUUGGGCUGCUGCAGCUGCUUAACUUUUAAGCUCUUAUUGGUGAUUUUUUUUUGGGUUGUAAAUAGUGUUAGAUUUCGUGUAUCCUAAGCUGUCUGAUUUCCUCCUGUGAUAUUAUUUUGUGAUUCUUGGAGGAGGAUUUGCUUUCUGUUUUUGUUCCAAUUUUUGAAAAAAAAAGGAAACAAGAAACAAGGGAAACGAAAUCAUAAUCAAAGUCCAUAUAAAAAAAACACAUAUUUUUUCCAAUUCGCCCACCGUUUUUAUUGUGGGUCGUUUUAUUUUAUUUUUUCAUUAUACGAAAAUUUAGAACAGAAGAAAAAGAAUUUAGAUUUCUGGAGGAGGAAGAGCUGGUUCAUUAUUCUUGUUGGGUUCUGACCAUUCUAUGGGAAUACCUGAUACAUCACUACUAGAUCUAAUAGAGAAAGUUAAGUCUUGGGUUUCUAGGAGAGCAAGGGAAUCACGGUGUUUGUCCGGCGAGUUUGAUAUGCCCGGUAACGGUUGCAAGAUGUGUUGUGAUUGCAAUACAAAUACCACUGAUAUUGGUCAUAGAUACCACUGCCAAAGCUGUGGCCGAUGGAUUUGUGGGAAGUGUAUUCAGGGCUGUGAAUGGGGUGGCAUCAAGAGCAAUGAUGAGGUUGGAGAGAGUAUUACUAAGUUCUGCAAGUUUUGUUCUCAGGUUAGAUUAAGGAGGGAAAGUGGAAGGAAGUAUAGUGAGAAAGUGCAUCCUUCUGCCUCUCCCCGAGAAAGCCCUGAACCACCAUCCCCCUGUUUUAGUGGUGAAACAGUCAAGUGUUCUGUGGAUAAUGAAUCCAUUCGCAGUGAUCAGUUCUCAAAGUUUCUUGAAGCCCGGGAUUGUGGGUAUUCUCCUCAUGCUGUGAGGAGUAUGACCAUGUUUAGUUCUCACCCUUCUCCAAUAUCUGUUCGUCGCUCUUUUAGCAGGAGUGACGAAGAGGAGGCAGAGGAUUCUGGAAAGAACUUUUUCAGCCCUUCAAGUGAAUAUUGUGAUGACAAUUUGGAUAUAGAUUUAAGUAGUGUUAGUGCUAGAAAUGAGUUUUACCGUUCAAGGUCACCGGGAUCAAAUCAGUUUGAUUGCCCAUCUAGAAUUUAUUAUACUUCUAGUAGAGUUGGGCAUUCUGUACAGCAGGGGCAGGAGGGAAUCCCGGUGUCUCAGAAUGACGGUCCCUUUGGUCAACAGACUACGGCUGUUUUAAAAAGGCCUGAUAAAGGGACUGAGGAUCCAGAUAUUACUGAUGAUUGCUCUGAUGACUUGUCAGUUUUCCGCAGCCAAUAUGAGAAAUCACAGAGGCCACUGGAUUUUGAAAACAAUGGUCUCAUCUGGUAUCCCCCUCCACCUGAUGAUGAGAAUGAUGAGGCAGAGAGUAAUUUUUUUUCUUAUGAUGAUGAAGAUGAUGAUAUUGGAGAUUCAGGUGCAAUAUUUUCAUCAAGUAGUAGCCUUUCGAACAUGUUUCCUGCAAAGGAGAAACUGAAUGAGGGUAACAAGGAACCACUUAGAGCGGUGGUACAGGGACAUUUUAGAGCUCUUGUAUCGCAACUGUUACAAGGUGAGGGUUUUGUGGGCAAAGAGGAUGGAGAUGAGGACUGGCUUGACAUAGUUACAACAAUAGCAUGGCAAGCUGCAAGUUUUGUUAAACCGGACACUAGCAGAGGAGGCAGUAUGGAUCCUGGUGAUUAUGUGAAAGUUAAAUGUAUUGCAUCAGGAAGUCCAAGUGACAGUACCCUUGUAAAAGGAGUAGUUUGUACAAAGAAUAUAAAGCACAAGCGCAUGACCUCGCAGUACAAAAAUCCUAGAUUACUUAUUCUAGGAGGAUCGCUUGAGUAUCAGAAAGUUCCGAACCAGUUGGCGUCUUUUAAUACAUUACUGCAUCAGGAAAACGAUCAUCUUAGGAUGAUUAUCUCAAAGAUAGAGGCUCUCCGCCCCAAUGUUCUACUGGUAGAAAAAAGUGUAUCUUCGUAUGCUCAAGACUAUCUGCUAGAAAAGGAAAUAUCGUUAGUGUUGAACGUUAAGAGGCCAGUACUAGAGCAUAUAGCCCGGUGUACUGGUGCACUUAUUACUCCAUCAAUUGACGAUAUCCCUAAAACUCGUUUGGGACAUUGUGAAUUGUUCCGGUUAGAAAAGAUUUCUGAACAGCAUGAGCCAGCCAAUCAGUAUAACAAGAAACCACAGAAGACCAUGAUGUUUUUUGAAGGGUGUCCAAGGCCCCCGUCAUGCUCCUUUCCAUUAUGGAUAGCAAUAGUAUGCCCGAUCAAGAAGAUCAAACAUGUUGUCCAGUAUGCAGUGUUUGCAGCUUAUCAUUUAUCCCUCGAAACUUCUUUCCUUGCUGAUGAGGGUGCUACUCUGCCCAAGACAACGCUGAGACACUCAAUUACCAUACCAGAUAGGACAACAGCUGAUACAAUUUCAGUAGUCCCUAAUUCUUUUAGUUCAAGCAAUUCCAAAGCUAUAGCUGUUGCUUCUGCUCAAGAUGAUGACAUUUUGGGUCUGAAACCAGAAGUUGAAGGAUUAGAAUCUUUGUCCGAGCAUCUUGAUCCCGAGCACAAUUUUCCUUUGCCUAAUGGUUCUGUGGACUCUGUGGUUGGAAAUACAUUUUCUGAUGCAUAUACUGAUGAUUUAGCAUCUAAUGUAUUUUUGGACUCUUCUCCAUCUCAACACAAGGAUAUAAAGGGGCUAACUGCCCAUUCGUCUGUCACAAAAAAUCUUUCCCAACCAGAGUUGCAAGAACCCUUGCCUCAUAACUGGAGUCAACAUGAGGAUAUUCAUGAGUUGACAACAUCUGAAAGAAUUGACCACAAUGAAGUUUCAAGUGAGUAUUUCUCUUCUGCUGACACUCAUCAGAGCAUAUUGGUAUCGUUUUCAAGCCAUUGUGUGCUGAAAGGAACUGUUUGUGAACGCUCCCGGCUUCUGCGGAUAAAAUUCUAUGGCUGCUUUGAUAAGCCACUUGGCAGAUAUCUUCGUGAUGACUUAUUUGAUCAGACAUCUUUUUGUCGAUCUUGUAAAGAGCCAGCUGAAGCCCAUGUUCUAUGUUAUACCCAUCAGCAAGGAAACAUUACCAUUAAUGUAAGACGCCUUCCUUCACUAAAGCUCCCUGGGGAGAGAGAUGGUAAAAUAUGGAUGUGGCACCGUUGUCUAAGGUGUGCCCAUAUAGAUGGGGUUCCACCAGCAACACGUAGAGUAGUCAUGUCAGAUGCUGCCUGGGGACUUUCUUUUGGAAAGUUCUUGGAAUUGAGUUUUUCAAAUCACGCAACUGCUAAUCGUGUUGCUACUUGUGGCCAUUCAUUACAACGGGACUGCCUCCGUUAUUAUGGGUUUGGGAGUAUGGUUGCAUUCUUCCGAUAUUCGCCCAUUGAUAUUCUUUCUGUCCACUUGCCCCCUUCAGUGCUUGAAUUCAAUGGCCAAGUUCAGCCAGAGUGGAUAAGAAAAGAGGCAACCGAGCUUAUGGGAAAAAUGGAAACCUUAUAUGCGGAGAUAUCUGAUGUACUGGACUGCAUGGAAGAGAAAAAUAGAUCUUUUGGACGUGAAAUGUCAGGUGCAAGUGAAUUACAGAACCACAUCGUGGAGCUGAAAGAUCUGCUUAAAAAGGAAAGAAAUGACUACAUUGGUUUUCUGCAACCUGCAUUUGUGGAGACUUCAGAACCAGGCCAAAUGGCUGUAGUAGACAUUCUGGAGCUAAAUCGCUUGAGACGCUCUCUUUUAAUUGGCUCUCAUGUUUGGGAUCGCCAGCUUUAUUCACUGGACUCACUCCUCAGAAAAAAUCCUGCUUCUAUGGCCACAGAAGGGGGUGUAUCUUUUGUCCACCUGCAAGAGUUGACAAGUGACUCAUCUAGCAAGGAUGGCAGGUUUGAUUAUAGCCAUGAAGAUAAUGUGUCUGAAUCUUCAAAAUUGCAAGUGCGUCCUGGAAAUGAUUUAUCGCUGGAUAAAGAACCAACUAUACCAACACAUGAACCUUCUGAAGACCCCAUGUUAGUAUCAUGCCAUUAUAGCCGAGAGGAUGAAAUACAUGCUGAUAGGGAAAUUGUUAAUAAGACAUCCUGUGAAAGCUCCCCCUCCCACAAAUCUACUCUUUCUGAGAGAAUAGAUUCUGCAUGGACUGGAACUGAUCACCUUCUGGUGAAAGCUCAGCCUCUUCAUACAUCUGCAGUUGGACUCCCAGCUAGUGCUGUCAAGCGGACAAGUCAAAAUGACGAUCCUCCUUUGAGGAGGUUAAUGUCGUCAAUGAGAGUUCAUUCUUUUGAUUCUGCAGUAAGAGUCCAAGAAAGGAUCAGGAAGGGAUUGCCCCCUUCUUCGUUGCAUUUGUCGACAAUUAGAUCAUUCCAUGCUUCUGGAGAUUAUAAGAGUAUGGUAAGAGAUCCUGUGUCUAGUGUAAGAAGGACUCAUUCCCAGGCAUUUCCACGAGAGGCACCGAAGUUGGAUUCAAUACUCAGUUUCACACCCUCAUUAAUCUCCUCUGCAUCUCAAAUAGCUGAUGGGGUCCGGUUGCUGCUUUCCCAGACAAGCAGCAAUGACAUAGUUGUUGGUGUUUAUGAUAGUGAGCCCACUAGCAUAAUAUCAUAUGCCCUUAGUUCCAAGGAUUAUGAGGAUUGGGUCGCUGAUAAUUUGAAUGAUCAUCAAGGAGGCUGGAGUAAUCAUGAUAGCUAUAAAGAAGAUUCUGCACCUUCCAUAUUUUCACCCUGGCAGUCUUUUGGCUCUAUGGACUUGGAUUAUAUUCACUAUGGAAGUUAUGGAUCUGAAGAUGCUGCAUCAUCCAUGGGUAACCUGUUUUCAGAUGCCAAAAGAUCUCCACAUUUAAGGAUUUCCUUUGAGGACGAGUCCUCAAAUGCUGUAGGCAAAGUGAAAUUUUCUGUGACUUGUUAUUUUGCAAAGCAGUUUGACUCUCUUAGGAAAAUGUGCUGUCCCAGUGAAGUAGAUUUUGUACGAUCUUUGAGCCGCUGCCAGAGGUGGAGUGCACAAGGGGGGAAGAGCAAUGUAUAUUUUGCGAAAUCUCUGGACGAUAGAUUCAUCGUAAAACAAGUCACAAAGACAGAAUUGGAAUCCUUUCAGGAGUUCGCACCUGAGUAUUUUAAAUAUUUGUCAGAGUCCCUUGGCUCUGGAAGUCCAACUUGUCUUGCCAAGGUUCUUGGUAUAUAUCAGGUCACUGUUAAACACCUGAAAGGUGGGAAGGAAACUAAAAUGGAUUUGAUGGUGAUGGAGAACCUAUUCUUUAAAAGAAAUAUUUCAAGGGUAUAUGAUCUCAAGGGGUCUGCUCGAUCCCGUUACAAUUCUGAUACAUCAGGGGGAAACAAAGUACUGUUGGAUAUGAAUUUGUUGGAAUCAUUACGUACAAAACCCAUGUUUCUUGGAAGCAAAGCAAAGAGAAGCCUGGAAAGAGCCAUUUGGAAUGAUACAUCAUUUUUAGCGUCUGUUGAUGUAAUGGACUACUCACUGCUGGUUGGGGUGGACGAUGAGCGGAAGGAGCUGGUUUUGGGGAUCAUUGAUUUUAUGAGACAAUAUACGUGGGACAAACAUUUGGAGACAUGGGUGAAGGCAUCUGGAAUCCUGGGCGGUCCGAAGAAUGCUGCUCCAACGAUCAUUUCUCCUAUGCAAUACAAGAAAAGAUUCCGGAAGGCAAUGACCACCUAUUUUCUCACUGUACCUGAUCAAUGGUCGUCAUGAACAGCUGGCAUCAUUGCAUAUUCUUUCUUUUGUUCACACAAGAUGUGUUCACUAAUAAGGAACGGGGGAAUUGUUAUUGCUGAUAAACAGAGAGGAGGGAAAUCCCUCCAUCUUUUCCUUCCCCUUUCUUUUGUAUACGGGACAGAAUUAACCCAAAUGAGAUUUGUUACCGCUGUAAUUGUGAAGAGUUGGCAACUGUUGUUUUGCAUGUCAAAGUUUACCAACAAUGUAAAGGAUAGCCAUGUGACGUAAAAGUAGACAAAUGUAAAUCAAAAUUUCAAACGUUACAUUUGUUGUCCACGUGCUUCAUCAGUAAAAUAUCAAAUUUUUAUUAGUUUCAUUA